UUUGUUAUGUAUUCUUCUGCUGCAGAAUUUAUUACAAAUCAAAUUAAUCCGAAUUCUCUUUGGAAUUUUGCUGGAACUAGUGUUCAAUAUACUCAACAUUUAUUUGGACAAUAUUUGUCACCAACUCCUGCAAUUUUAGACGAAAUGGACAUUGAACAGACGCCGGGAAAGAAAAUUUAUUCAAUCUCAUUCAAUCAGGAUUGCACUUCUUUGGCUGUGGGACAUGAGGAUGGCUAUAGUUUCUACUCGCUCCGGUCGAUUGAUAAACUUGAGAAAAUACAAGAUGCUAAAGGUUUUGAGUUUUUGUUAAAGAUUAUUCUGCUUUUUAAGCUCCUGAACGUGCUUGUAUUGUUGAGAAGCUGUUUAAUAGUUCGUUGAUA